UCUUUAACUGUCGAUUUAUUCAAUAUUUUUUAUGAAUUUCUAGGUAAAUGACAUCCAAGAUUAUUGAAUUUCGGUUGGAAAAACUGUUGUCCUGAAGAGAAAUGUAAGUAACUUUCAGCCAGGAUGAGUGCCAGACCACGACCUGUGACAGCAGCAAGCUACAAACCUAAACACGAGAGUACACCCAUUAGAAGUCGCGCCUACUCUCCUGAAUCUACCGGUGAUGAGACGAGAUCACUCAUCUCUGUACUUGAUCAUGAUAGCAUCGAUGACUUGCUGGACUUGGAUCUGGAUGAAAAGAAAUUACUGAAGACCCCUGAAAUUGAAAACAAAGGAGAAGAAUUAGCGAAAGACAAUGACCAGCGUGAUGGGAAGAACAAGAAGGAAAUCGAGAAUGAAGAUAGAAGAAACAAUAGUGAUGACUCUGGAAGUCACAACAGCAGAGAAUGUCAGGAAAAUGAAGAAAACAAAAGAAAUAUCAGCUAUGGCACAGAUACUUACGAAUCAUUUUCAUCUGAGAAAUCUGCACUGAUGUCGCCAUGGGAAAAAUGGCUAGUUCAAAAAGCCAAAGAGGAUAGACGAAAACAGAGAGAAAAACAGGCGGCUAUAAAGAAAAAGAAAGAAGAGGAGGAAGAAAAGAUGAGAAUCGAGGAGGGAAAAUUGCGAAAGGCGGCAGAGCAACGGAAGGAGUGGGAGGGGAAGAAGAAUAUGGAAGAGAGGAUAAAAAAGAAACUCGAGAAGCAGAAAGAAAAGACGGAGCAAGAGGUGAAGGAGGAAGAGAAGAGGCAUGUUGAGGAGAAAGCAAAACAAAAGUACAACGAAUGGAUGGAAGAGAAAAGGAAGCGAGAAAGAGAGCAGAAGAGGAAGGAAGAGGAAAAGAAACGGAAAGAGGAACAGCAGAAAAAGGACCGACAGGAAAAGUGUGACAGGGUCUUUGAUGAGUGGUGUGAGAAGGCGAGAGAGAGACCAAAGUCAGUGCCAAGCAGUUUCGGUUAUACUUCGGGGAAACUCACUGGUUACUACGAUCGCGCUGCGUACCCCGCCCCAGGUUUCUACAAUCCGAUACCGUGGCAUCACCCUCCCGUCCCAAGAGUCAAGUCGGAGAAGAAGAAACCAGUACGACCUAAAAACAAACGAUGGGAUCCUUCAAAAUACUUCUGAUCACAUGUUAUUUGAUGGACUUUCAAUGACAGCUUAGAUACAGAUGGACUUUCAAUGACAACUUAGAUACAGAUGGACUUUCAAUGACAACUUAGAUACAGAUGGACUUUCAAUGACAUCUUAGAUACAGAUGGACUUUCAAUGACAACUUCGAUACAGAUGGACUUUCAAUGACAAUUUAAAUUUAGAUCACAACAUUCCAGAUCUUCAAACAGGACUUUCUCUUUUCGAUCAGUUUUGAGUUCACAUACACGUAUCCGUGGGUUGAUUUGCUGGCAACAGUAGUAAUACAUAGACAAUCCUCUUUCAGUUUCGUUUCGACGGAGACUUGCUUUGUGCUGGUUCCCUUUUUCGGAAAGAGGGUGUUCUCCUUUUGACGCAAUUGAAGUAGAAAUUGUCAGUUAGAUGCUUGUUUUAGUUAGAGUAAUUUAUUGUGGAAUUUAGUGUGUAGAGGCAAUGUAGGUAGUCAUGAUUGUAGUGUUUUAGUUGUUUCUGUUUUGAUGUGUUUUAAUGAUUCUUAACUUCCACAACAACUCUAUUAAAUGAUGGCUGGACCAUCGUAUAGAUUCACAUAUUGAUGUAAGAACUUUUACAUCGAGCAGCUCAUGUCGUCUUUGGAGCAGAUGAGUUUAGAAGGGCAAUAGCUCUCCACUGACUGAUCUGCAAUUGAUGGCUUCACUAUAGUUUAGGGCAAUAGCUAUCCACUGACUGAUCAGCAAUUGAUGGCUUCACUAUAGUUUAGGGCCGCCCAACGAAAGUCAGGUGGCCAUAAUAUUCUGUCUUCAUCGAGUGCAAUAGGAUGGAUUCGUUUUCUCUGGGCAUGUUGGGGUGUGGUUGUCCCAGAAGCCUAUUGAAAGUGAACCUGAUCCUAAUGUCACAAUUUCAUCAACUUUGUUAAAAUAUGCUGUACCAAAUGAUUCUUUAAGGCAUCUUGGGUGUGGUUGUCUGACUUGCCUGAGACUUGUGUACUCUCCAGAGAACUGCCGUCUUCUGUAUCUUGUGAAAUGAUUUGCAACGAAUGGAUGGGUCAAUCGGUUCAAUUUUCGGCAUUUUGGCUUGUGGUUGUCCAACUUGCCUGCUGGUGUAACUGAUAAUUAAGAUAUCUUCCGUUUUCAAAGAAUAUCUCAUUGUAGCACACCAUUUUUCUCAUAUACUCUUGAAUAAUUUGAUCUUGCUUCCAAUAGAAAUUGUUGUACCAAGAUGUUGCCUUAAAAAUGUAUAUGUACAAAGCUUUAUAGUGAUUGACAUUUCUACUUUUAUUAAAUGA